GUAUAAAGCUACAGGAUCCCUUCAACUGCGUCUACAACUAAAGACGAUAGCCAAAGAGUCCACCCUUGUCCGGGAGCAGAAGUUAUACAAUAUCUAUGCCUCGCACUGAUUAUUGACUGGCUAGUGUUCUGCAGGACAAUAUACAAUAAUGAAUCCUGAUAUACUUAGAGAGCGACAAAAUGCAACAUUUGACAUCGAAAAACUCACAAACAUCCUCGAUGGCGGUGCUGAAAGGACGAAUAGGAGGCGAGAAAUACAGUCCUUGGUCCUCAAUGACCCUGACUUCGAUUAUGGGAACCCCAACUUCCUGUCUCGCAGCGAACGCUAUGACCAGGCGGUGAAAAAGAGUGCCCACAUGAUCCUAAAGCUCCGGGAGUACGGCAUUUCAGACCCUGUUGAGAUCAACUGGUAUAAGAGCUAUGUACACCGCUUCAGAGGAAACCCGCUGGAAAUCCAUCUGGCCAUGUUCCUGCCCACCCUUCUCAACCAGGCCACCCCAGAGCAAAUGGACCGCUUCUUCACACCCUCCUGGGACCUGGAGAUCAUCGGCACAUAUGCUCAGACGGAAAUGGGCCAUGGCACUCACCUCCGAGGUCUGGAGACCACCGCCACGUUCGACCCAGCCACUCAGGAGUUUGUAAUGCACAGCCCUACCGUCACCUCCAUCAAGUGGUGGCCAGGGGGACUUGGAAAGACCUCCAACCAUGCCAUCGUGUUGGCUCAGCUGUACACACAGGGCAAGUGCCAUGGUCUGAACGCCUUCAUCGUGCCUCUCCGCAGCAUGGGCACCCAUAUGCCACUGCCAGGUAUUGUGAUCGGGGACAUUGGACCAAAGUUUGGAUUUGAUGCGGUCGACAAUGGGUACCUUAAACUGGAGCAUGUGCGAAUCCCGCGAGAGAACAUGCUGAUGAAAUAUGCACAGGUGAAACCAGACGGCAGCUAUGUGAAGCCGCUCAGCUCCAAGCUAACCUACGGCACCAUGGUGUUCAUCCGCUCUUUGAUCGUGGGGAACGCAGGCACCAUGCUCUCCCAAUGCUGCACGAUCGCCAUCCGCUACAGUGCUGUGCGGCAUCAAUCAGAGAUCCGCGCAGGAGAAGCUGAGCCCCAGAUCCUGGACUACCAAACCCAGCAGCACAAGCUGUUCCCACUGCUGGCCACGGCCUACGCCUUCCUGUUUGCUGGCCAGUACAUGAUUGACACCUACAACCGCAUCUCUGGAGACAUCAACCAGGGCGACCUCAGUGAAAUGCCAGAGCUCCACGCGCUGUCCGCUGGUCUCAAGGCCUUCACCACGUGGACGGCCAACACGGGCAUCGAGGUGUGUCGCAUGUCCUGUGGCGGCCACGGCUACUCCCGCAGCAGCGCCCUGCCGGACAUCUACGUGGAAUUCACCCCUUCCUGCACCUACGAGGGCGAGAACACGGUGAUGAUGCUGCAGACAGCCAGGUUCCUGAUGAAAAGCUACCGGCAGGUGCAGGCCGGACAGCAGCUCUCUGGGGCCGUGUCCUACCUGAACAAAGUGCACCAUAGGGUGAUGGCGCCGCAGGCCGUCUCCUCCCAGCUGGACCUCAACCUCAACACCCUGGUGGAUCUCUACGAGAUCCGCGCUGCCAUGCUGGUUGAGCUGGCGGCUCAGAGCAUUCAGCAGGAGUCUGCGCGUGGGAAGUGCCAGGAGGACUCUUGGAACAACAGCAGCAUUGACCUGGUCAGAGCAUCGGACGCCCACUGCCACUACAUGGUGCUGAAGAUGUUCAGAGAUAAGGUGGACCAGAUAGAGGACCCAGGCGUCCACUCGGUGAUGUCCACCCUGGCCCACCUCUACGCCAUCCACGGUAUGGGGAACUUCACCGGAGACUUCCUCCAGGCCGGUGUGCUGACCGGCGCCCAGGUCCCGUCGGUCUCUAAGUGCCUCAAGGGGCUGCUGGCCGAGGUGAGGCCCAGCGCCGUGCUGCUGGUGGACGCCUUCGACCACCACGACAAGAUGCUCAACUCGGUCCUCGGACGCCACGACGGCAAUGUCUACGAGGCCAUGUUCGAGUGGGCACGCAGAUCACCCCUCAACCGCACUGAGGUUCACGAGUCCUUUCACAAGCAUCUGAAACCACUGCAAGCCAAGCUUUAAUCCUUAUUGUUUGAUCCUGGGUUGCAAGACAGCUACAGUAUAUUGAUAGGAAAUAUCUUGACCAUACUAAUCUCACCUCGGAUCAUUAAGUCCUUGGUGUCUGCCAAUAUUCCAUUCACAAGAGCCUUAUAUUGCUAUAUAUAUCACUAUUGUUUUUGGUUGGCAACAUCAGAAUGCUCUUUUUUGUAUAGCAAUCGUCAAGCAAAUUUUGAAAAUGAAAAAUCGACGACUGAAAAAUCUUUAUCAGUGUAUAAUUAUCAGUGUACACGGUUAUAUUGUAAUGGCUUGGCGUUUAUGGGCACAUUCAAUCAAUUGUAGAAAUCUCAAUCUAUGGCUAGGAUUCAUGAACAAUGGUACAGUUCCCAACAGCCCUAGCGUUUUUCUGUUUGGUUGCAAUUUAGUAUGGAAAGUGGGGACCUGUAAAACAAUGCAUCCCUGUUAAUUGCUGUGUUUUAAGCAUGUGCCUGGGGAAACUUAGCCUGGGAACCAGACAAAUCUCGCAAGCUCAUGGUUAAUUUGCACUGCCGAGUUCUGGCUCACCUCUAAUACAAUAAAGAUUUCUUCCCGGUACCAUAUUGACCAACCAAUCACAACCGUUUUGAUUAAUAUGAGUCGGGAUAAAUACGAUGACGGGACAGAGGAACUCCCUUGAGGCAUUAUAAACAACAACCAAUAUGGCGGUCUGUUGAUGAAGAAUGGUAUCGAGACAGUAUUAUACAAAAUGGACAAAUACUUUCAGUGAUGCCUUUUUUUGAGUCGCUUAGCGCUGUCACCCGUUCCGUUGAAAUGAUUGGUUGUAGGACUAUCCAGAGGGGUCUGUGCCUGUUGUGCCUGUUGGUAUUUGGAAAUAUCUUUUUUUACUAAUGACUAAUUGCAGCUGGGAAUUCGUCCUGGGAUGCCAGGCUUAGGGAAACUGUGUUUUCUGAAUAAUUUCACAUCUUGGGGAUGGCAAUAUUUAAAGAAACUGAUUUAAAUGACAUAUUCUAAUGUAGGAUUGUUGUCCAACUUUGUAGUUAAAUCUGUGUUUUAUCAUCUUUGUAUUUUGAUAUCAUACAUUCUCAAUGAUGGAUAAUCAUGUUUUAAAUUAGGUUUAUUUAAUUGAUAUUAAAAAAAGGAUCUGAUUGAUA